CGUCGGCCUUCUGGGCGUGGCAUCCGUUGGCAUGGCAACAGGAGCGUCCAUAGGGUUCUGUUCCCUUUGUGGAGUUCUGUACGGACCCAUCCACAGUGUCAUGCCUUUCCUUUUGAUAGGUGUUGGAGUAGAUGACAUGUUCAUCAUUGUACAAGCCUGGGAAAACCUGACUCCAAAAGAACGGAAAAAGAACAAACGAGAAGCCGCCGCCAAGGCGAUGAAGCACGCCGGAGUGUCCAUCACUGUCACCUCUAUAACCGACCUGGUGGCUUUUGGGAUCGGGGCAACAUCGCCGAUCCCGGCUUUGAGGUCCUUCUGCAUCUACGUUGCCGUCGCCAUCGUGUUCCUGUUCCUGUUCCAAUGCACGUUCUUCAUGGGGGCGCUCGUGAUCGACCAGUACCGCCGGGAGGCCAGACGGGACGCCUGCUGCUGCUUCAAACACAGCAAGGACUAUAAACCCAUGGCAUGUUCACGCAAAAGCCUUGUACACUGGUUCUUCGACAAAUGCUACUCCCGGAUCUUGCUGACAAUCCCGGUGAAGAUUCUGGUGCUUCUGAUCACGUUCGGCACGGCAGGGUGGAUGGCGUACGGUACGUACAGCUUGAAGCAGGACUUCAACUUCGUCUGGUAUCUACCUGCCGAGUCUUACGUCUUCAGGUACACUACCCUGUAUGAACAGUAUUUCCCAGAAGAGGGCGGUGUGGACGUGGGGAUGUAUAUAGAAAAUGGCACCGACUAUUACACCGAACGAGUAAGGAUGGAGGCGCUGUACACCAACCUCAGGAGUAAUGAGUACAUCGACUCUACAACUGUAGUCAGCUGGUAUCACGGCUUUCUGGAGUGGAUCAAAGCACAAAAGUCCGGCGAUCCAGGGAUCACUGCAGACGACUUUCCUGGGAACGAGAGCUACUUCUACACGUUGCUAGAAGAGUACCUGGCCGCGCCAUUUCCGGUUGGCGGUGACAACUUUGCCUCUGACGUCAAGUUUGAUACUACCCAAUCAGAAACUUGGAUUUAUACUUCGAGGAUGAGGGCUAAGUUCAUUCGACUGUCGAGCACCGAAGCUCAAGUACAAGGUAUGGAUAGCGUGGUGAGCCUCGCGGACUCCGCCGGGUUCCAGUCAACAGUCUUCCCGUACGCCACUCAGUUCCGCCGGUACGAGACCAACAAGAUCAUUCAGCAGGAAGUGUACAGGAACAUCGGGCUGGCUAUGGUGGCUGUGGCACUGGUAACGCUCCUGCUGGUGGCUGACCUGCUCAUGAGCAUCUACAUCACACUGUGUGUGGUUCUCACACUGGUUGACCUGGGCGGGCUGAUGCACUUCUGGGGGCUGACCAUAGAGCUGUCCACUAUGGUCAUCCUGGUGUUGGCAGUCGGACUGGCCGUGGACUACUCCGCCCACGUCGGACACACCUUUAUGCUGGUGCAAGGGACCCGGAACGAACGUGCAAAGGAGACACUGUUGCGUAUCGGGACGGCGGUCUUCAAUGGCGGCUUCAGUACCUUCCUGGCGUUUGUGCUGUUGUCCGGCUCACAGUCGUACAUCUUCCAGACAUUCUUCAAGGUCUUCUUUGGAGUUGUCCUGUUCGGACUGUGGCACGGGCUAGUCUUCCUGCCUGUUAUCUGCAGCCUAAUUGGUCCAGCGCCCUACCACACGUCAUCGGACAAUAAGAUGGACCAAUCAGAGAAAAAGGACGACAUUGUCGAAGAAACCACGACGGACGAUGACGAGUCUCCACAUCUUUCGUCGUCGUCGUCUACAACUAAGCUGGCACAGCAGACGCCAGAGGCUACCACAGGGCACUACAACCCCGCCAUGUACGCAGGCCUGCCGGAACCAGACUAUCCACCGUACUACAGAUCCAGACCGCCCAACGGUACCCGUCCCACACGAGACCACGGCUCCCAGUCUUACCCCUCCCCACGCUACCACAAGAGUGUCCGCCAUAACUUUAACCGGUUCCAGCAGAAAGCGAGCUACGCGUUACCUAACAUUGCGUGACAGUUUAAAGUGUUAAUGACAUAUGAAAUUCUUUCUAUCAUUCAAGUAAAAAAAUAUUCUUUUACCUGAAGACAUCUAUUACUAUGUCAAUCCAUUGUUCACUGUGUGUUCUUUGGUCAGACCAAUACUAUAGCAACCAGUAGUGAUGUCACA